CUUUCGCCUGCAUCCGCUUCAGAGCACCCAGCCGUCCGUUUGGGAGUGAUUGCUGCCUCGAUAGCAAAGUCGCAUCAUGGUCCGCGGUGCUGCCAAGGAACAAGCCAGACAAAAGGCCCAGAAGAAGGCCGAGGCUAUGAAGGGUGGCGAAAGCCAGCUCAAGGCCCGCGCCGAGGGCCUCAAGAUCAUCUGCCCCUCAUGCAAGAUCGCCAUGCCAGGUUACAAAAUUUUAGUACAGCACAUGGAGUCAAAGCAUCCUUCGGCUGCAAUCCCGGCCGAGUCCUCGUUUGCAAAGUGAAAGCCUCGACACGGCAGUGUCGUCAGAGCCGCCGUCUGCAGCCAUCGUCGACAACUUCGUGCUCCGCGAUUACCCCUCAAAUGCCUGCAAGUGCCGUCCUGGCUCCCUUUUCUGCGAUCCCAGGAAGGUCGCUUGUCCUGAUACACCACGGCGAGGGCUGUGAGGCAGAGCGGAGAUGGAGGCGGAUGGUUCUUUGGAUGGGUUGAUUGCUGCAGUCGAGGUACCCAAAAUACAACACCAUCUAUACUUGGUCCAGUAUAUAGGCUGUGCUUGAGACUCCCGUGCAUGGUGCUCUGGCAUGGUUCUUUGAUGUGGCUGCGGGUCCAGCCCCAGCAACACAGUCUU